CAAGACGAUGACUCUACCACAAAUCCCUUUUCAUUGAAGCCACUUUUUAGCUUCAAGAAUCUGUUGAUACUAGAACUCAACAUGAGCGGAGCUAUCCUCCCAGAACUGGAUAACGACAGCUUGCGACAACUCGCUGUUUCGUGGCCGCGGUUGCGGGUUCUCAUCCUGCAUCAGAACGCAGGAGCGUAUCGUGUCCCACAAGUAGAUCUCACAGGGCUUGUUAUACUCCUGGAACAUUGCCCCGAACUACAUCAGCUCGUCCUUUCCGUGAAUGCAAUUAUCGACACCAAGGCGCCUCCCACGCCUCCGAUAAGCAACAGCAGCAAUAAGCUCAUUACCUCCAUCAAUUUUUCCAAUUCGCCGAUUACAAAAACAGCUGAAGUUGCGGCGUUUCUGUCUGCUAUCGUGCCCAACCUCCGAGAAAUGUCAUCUUGGACAGGAGAGGUGAUGUGCACUGCUGGGAGCGUUCAAGAGUAUCGAAAACGGUGGGACGAUGUAGCAGAGUUGGUCCCUGUAUUUGCAGAGGUGCGAAGGCAGGAAAGG